GAAUGAAAUAUGAAUUCUUGUUAACGGGCCUCGCUAGUUCUCCAGGUUUUUUUUUUUCUGCCACCUGUUGCGCAUCUGUUUUGACGACACGGGUAGUUCCAGUUCCGUCGCCUGGCAGGGAACCGUUGCCCUGGAGCUAGGGAACCGUUUGUUUGCGUAACCAAAUCAGGACACUUUUUUCGCUGUGCUGUGGUUAAUGGUGGUUAAUAGAUAUUGCAAAACAAAAGGUUAUUUUCUUCUUCGAAUCUUGAAUUCACGAAAAAAUCAUGGAUCAAAUAGUUGAGGAAAGUGGCGAGGACUCGCAGGCACCGGAGUCGACAUUCGAGGAUGACCUUAUUCCGAAAGAGAUAUCCGAUGAAUUCUUCGAGGAAAUGUGCUCGAAAGCUAACCUGACGGUGAAAGACUUGCAGGGAAACCAGCAAUAUGCCUUGGCGGAGGAUUUUCAGAAGUUGUUGCUCACCAGUCAACAGUUGAGGCAGCAGUUGUUGGACGAACAGGAUAAAAUUGAUAAAAUGCAAGGCGAGGUUGCUGCUGCAGCAGAGCGUGUCACACAUGCAUUGGCCAUCUCACAGAAGGACCAGGACACUAUCCAAGCGUUGCGUUCGGAAAUUGAGGAUGCAUGGAAAAGGGCAGAUGCUGCCCAGUCCCGUGAGCAAACGGCUCAGGAAGCAAUGAAUCAAAUGCGAGAAAAGUUGGAUAAAUUAUCGGCGGAAUCCUCUGACAGACAUGGCGACAAGGGAGAUGACGUGGGAGCGGCGAUGGGCAAACACAAGGAAAACAUCUUGAGGGAAAGAGAUCGUUUGUUUGUAGAAGUCGAGGAGCUCAAUCGUCGUCUUAAUACGCAACGAAUAUACACGGAAGAACUGGAUCAGAAAUGUACCGAUUCCGAGAAUAAAGUGAAAGAGCUUUUCAAAUCACUUGAUGAAACUUCAAACGAUGCAUUCCGAGACAAGAGAAUGUUGGAGACCUUGCAGAUUCAACAUGCUGAGGUUACCGCGGAGCUGGCGUUGAAAACAGAUGAAGCGUCACAUUUUAAGAAGCUGUCGGAAGCCAGUCACAAGACAACGGUGCAUCAGAACAUGCAGAUGGCCGCAAUCCGAACCACUUUGGAACGAUUGACUACCAGUAACAACCUUUUGCAGGUAAAAUUGGCAAAGGCCCAGGGGGAUUUUGAAAACAUGGUUCAACUCAAGGAGAAGGUCACAAACGAAUUAAAUACUAAAGUGAAUAUUUUAAAACUGAAAGAAGAUGAAAACAACAAAUUCCGUCUCGAAAAUACAAAGUUGACGAAAAAUAAAGAGUUAUUGCAGAAAAAGAUAGUAACAAUCGAGACAUCCAAGAGUACAUUUGAACAGGAAGUAACAAAAUUGAAAAAUGUCAUUGUAACGUUUGAAAAGGAACGUGAUGCGACUAAAAGAGCAUUCGAUUUAUCAAAGAAGCAGGUGGAUGCAGUUCUGCGUGAACGUGACUUGGCUAGAAAGGAUUUGACUAAAGCGAACAAAAUGACAUCGGAUCUGCUGGAACAGAUAACCUUACUGGAGAAGCAGCAGAAAACGUUGGAAAACGAAAUCAAAGCCUACCAAGCCACUGCCCAGAAGCAAGCUAUGCUGAUGCUCAAAAUUGAGAAGGAUCGCGAUAGAAACGUUGAAGAAGUGCAAAACCUGAGCGACAAACUUGAGCAAAUAAACGAAGACCUACUCUACAAGCAGAACCAAAUCGUAGAACUACGCGAAAAGUUAAAGGAAACAGAAGCGAAGCUGUUCCAGUGUCAGACAUCACUUGAGACGACUAGGAGCGAGAGAAACAUCUUCGAGCGUGAUUUGGCCGCCUGCAUGAGAGACAACGACAGCCUCAAAGAUCGCUUGAAAACAUCCGUACAUUCCGUUGACCAACUGAAAGAUGACAAUGCAACAAAGGUAGCAGAAUUGUUCAAAGCAAACAAGACCAUUGACAAAAUAGAAAAAGAAAAACAGUCACUCAAAACAGAGGUACAGAAUAUCUCGAUCACUCUACAGCACACUAAGUCAGAACUGAACGAAAAACUAAUGGAAAAUGCACGGCUGAACAAAACACUGACGGAGGAUGCCGCAAGCAUGAUACGACUGAAGAAACAACUGGAUGGAACAAUCAACGAAAAAGAUUUAAUAAAAGUGCAGCUAACACAGCGUGUAGACGAGAUCAAUAACUUAACCGAGAAGUUGAAUAUGCUGAACAUGGCUUUGGAUCGAGGUGAAAGCCAAUACAGAGAUCGGUUGGACGACAUUCGACUGCUGAAAAUAGAGAUCAGUAACUUAAGAUCGCAAAGAAAUCUUCUGACAAGAGGACUGGCUAACACAGCCGAUAUGCGACAGGAAGUGCUGCAGUUGAAUCGUGUGCUGAACCAGGAACGCGUGAAGGCAAGAGCACUUGAAGACGAGAUGCAAACGCCAAUGAAUGUUCACCGGUGGCGCAAACUGACCGGGAAGGACCCGGAAAAGAUGGAUCUUAUUGUCAAAGUGCAGACGCUGCAACGUAGAGUUCUGUAUCAGUCGGUCACGGUAUCGGAACAGGAGAAGACCAUCAACGAGUCGGAUAAGAUGUACGACGAGUUGAAGCAAGUGGUGGAGAAGUUGCCGCAUCAGAAGAUGAGGGAACAGUUGUGUGCCACGCAAAGGGCCCUCACGGCACGAACCAAGAAGUUGAAAGCACUGACAGCAGAAAUUCGUGUCAAAGAAACGGACAGUAAAAGCCAAGAGUGUCUGGUGGAUGAGCUGAAGAAAUCCCUUUUGGAAACGAAGAAAGAACUUGUUAAAGAGAAACGAGAGAAACAGAAGCUAACCGAAACGAUGCGCAAUGCAUUGAUGCCAGCCAACGGAGGUCGAGGGCAGACUGCUCAUGCGUCGAACGUUAUUAUGGUUAGGAGGAACACUGCCGGUGCCCUGUGGACAAGAAAUCGAAAUUCCGCAUCCCAAUUUACAAUUACGAUAUAACUAAAUCACAUUAUUCCAAAAAUAUAUACCAAUACACUA